UGUCAAAAGAUUAUUUUGUUUUUUGCAAUGAAUGAAAAAGCUAAAAAUAAUUAAUAGGUAACUCAUGAAGAGUCGUCAUACAAGAAUAAUAUUAACGUGUACUUUUUUUAUAGGUCCAGGAAUUUUCUGUAAUGUAAAUGAUAAAUAAUAUUUAUUCUUGUUUGAAAAAAUGGAGAUUCCAUACCGGAAGAUAUUCAUUUACUUCCUAACUUUCGCGGCUUAUGCCUACACGGGCAUAGGUUCGGCGAUGUUACGGAAUCUAAAAGAUGCAGUAUUAUCUGCUGAAUCAGUCUUCGGGGACAUGUUCCGAAACGUUAUAACAGUGGCCGAAAAAUUUAGGUCACUACAUGAAGUUUUUGAUGCUGCUGUUGAGGAGGAAUGUGUAUUUACGUGCCCUGAAGGGUGUAGACCAGUUCGAAACCGAAAUCACAUUCCAAAAUCAGACGGUUGUGGAUCUUUAGGUUUUGAAAUAGCAUCUGAGUAUUUACCUCUAGAGGAUAUGACAAAAUGUUGCGAUGCUCACGAUAUUUGCUAUGACACCUGUAACAGUGGGAAAGAGGUGUGCGACUUAGAUUUCAAGAGGUGUCUAUACAACUACUGUGAUACAUAUAAGUCUGUGAAUGUAGCUGGGGAUGCAAUUACCAAAGGUUGCAAGGCGGCAGCAAAAUUACUAUUUACGGGAACACUAACAUUGGGCUGCAAGUCCUACUUGGAUGCUCAAAAGAAGGCAUGUUACUGUCCUGCAAAGAAUAACAAAUAUAAAAAGUACCCAGGAGAUGGGGAGUUGUGAUAUUAACUGAUUCAUGGAACAUGAUUCAUGACAUCUGUUAAUAAAUUAUUUAUUUCCAAUAAUUUCCCGAGCUUUGAGUGUAAUGGAUAAAAUAAAUAAGUGUUGAUUUUUAUUAGUAAUAUUUAUUUGCUGUAGAUAUAAUAAUGCAUGAUACAAUAUGUGUUUGUUAUACUUUGUAUAGGUACAAUGUUAAAUAAGAAAAUAUAAGCCUGACUUCUGUAA